AAAAAGAGGAGAUUUCCUUUGCCGAUAAUUUUUAUUAAUAGAUAUCAUAUCAUUAGCCUAUAUGUCCUGACGGUUUACUUAUUAUAAUACACAUUUUUUUCAUACAUACAUUCAUAAUUAUUAUGGAGGACUGCAAAAUUAUAGUAUUUGGUUGGUAAUAGAUAAUGUUUUAUAAGCCCAACAAGCGGAGAUGCUUUGUGUAAUAAAACAAAAUGUCCCACAGCCGGAGCAACUGAUUCAUCUUUGGUAUGACAACACAUCAGCGCCUGAUCGAUACUUCGCCUGUCAAAAACACCAAAAGAUAACGUAGUAAUUAUGUCUGAAAAGGACAACUCUUUUCCUACUCAGAUUUUCUCUGCAAACAGAUACAAAGCUCUCAACUAUGUUUUUGAGACCACCACCAGUCUGAAAGUAAUGAUGAACCUGCUGGCACUGCCAACACCUUACUUCACUGGUACCAGUAACCUCUACCCCCAUAGUGGCAAGCUGCCUGAAGUCACUUACAGGACGCCAUGGAGCAGAGGAAAGGUGAUCUCCACCUGCAAACUCGUUGUCAGUGGUUCCGUGCUCGAUGACCUGGGAGAAAAAAAGCAACCGGUUAAUUCACCAGAAAGAUUUAGCGUGACUCUGAGUGAGGUGCAUAGGGAUGUGGAGGUGAUACCCAGCUCUAAUCCUGACUCAGUGAAGGAUCUAGACCAGGAUGAGUAUGUCUGCCUUUUAAAGGAGGCGCAGAUCAACGAUCCAUGUCAGGAAUCAUUUGUCAAGUGGACAACUGACCAGAUGAAUCCUGGAAAUAAGACAGAGGGUUACUCAUCAGCUCUGGAUCUCCUCCUGCAAGAGGAGCUCAUGGUUGUCGAUUACCUGCCACAUUUUAAGAAACAUUUACCCACGCUGAAGGCCAAACUGUCCAGGCUGAGGACCCUUCCUGUUGCCGACCCCUUGCUGAGCUCAACAGGAGAUACCAUCACUGAGGACGCCAUAUUCAGACACUGUGCGUCUUAUGACAAACCUCCUGAUGUGAACACCAGUGACAUUCACAUGUGUGCAAACAUUCAUGAGGAGUUUUGUAAAGAGUCACUAACAAAAGAAGAGAGUCUGCUGUUGCCGGUUGUGGUGGACACACUGAAUCUGAGCCAAGAAAAUUUCACCGCCUUUUCAAGCAUUUGUCAUAAAAUGAGUGUUGCUCCUGAACAGCUGGAUGAGCAGCCUCCAGUUCUGCACGUGCUUCGUAAAGCUCCCCUUCCACACGUAUCAGCGUCAGUGGACAUUUCCCAGUAUGAGAUACCAGAGGAGCCCAGCAAACAAUUCGAGAUGAAUGGAGGCCUGAUGGAGGCAGAUUUGGCAGGACGUUUGACGCUUCCGGCUGAAAUGGAGCUGGACGUGACUUUGACUCCCAGCACCAGUCAAACCCAAAUCUGUCUGUCCACAUGUAAACUCCAGAAGGAAGAGAUGUCGCCGCUCUGCAGACGAUCUCUGGUGUCAGCGAGCGCUCAGAGAGAGAUGUGGACGGCCCUCUGGAGGGCAGAGAAGCAUCCAGCCUUUGUGGUGGGCUUCCUGUUGGCAGAGCCCCAAAUACAUGAACCAGCUGUUGACUUCCAGCCUCUGUCUGAAGCCUUGAGAGUCAUGAAGUUAGAGAACCAAAGCUUUAUCAGCGUCGGUGACAAACAGCAGUCACCGGUGGGGUGUGUUAUAACCCCGCAAGUGUAUUUGUGCAGAAACUGCGAGUUCACUGAGAGCAUGUUGUCUGAGUUCAACUCCAACGAGCAGGAAAAGAUGGAAGACUUCAACAAACGGUCACCUGAACAUGUGGAGUUCACAAUCAGAUCCAUCCUGGAGAAUCCCGCAAACAAAACUCAGUUUUCUCACCUGAAGAAAUCUGAAGCUGCUGAAGCUACUGCAGACGACACCCUUCUUCAAAAAGAAAAGGCUGCUGAUACGUCUCAGAACACCUUCCUGAUGCACACUGUCAACACAAAUGAUAAGGAAGUAAAACCUGCUACUACCACCAAAGAUGAAGUUUCACACAAGAGGUUUCCAGAAGUUGUGGACGACUGUAAGGUAGAACAGAGCGCCCACAUGCUCAAGCAGGCUGUCUCCUCCAGACUGAAUAUCAAAGACAAUCACAGAGGUCUGCUGGUUAAAGAACAUCCACCAGAGAAGGACCUUGACCCUCUGUCCACCUUCAUGAUAUUAAGAUCUCAGCAGACAGCUUCAGUUACUGCAACACUGCAGAGCUUCGUCAGCACUCCAGCACCAAAAGUGGAUCAACAGACGCCACCACCUGAGCUGCAGCCGUCUCCAGAGCAGAUGCAAAGAUCAGACAGGAGGCUAACGUAUGUGAGCGGUACUGUGACAGGAAAUGCUACCAGAGAGCAGAAAGCAGCUUUUCAGUCGACAGGUCAACUCAUCAGUCGUCCUGUCAGUCCGUCCAUCCCUCAGGACAGACAAGAAAGCAGAGUAGUACAGGUCCAAGCUACCGCCAGCCAGCAGCACGCCUACUGUGAGUUGCUGGCCUUUGCUCAGCCCUGUUUGAGCUCUGCCAGAGAGCUGUGGCUCAACUUCCCCGUGUGGGGAGAUUUCAGCUGCCUGGCCCCAGACCAAACACACUUCCUCCUCAAACAGCAAGAGAAGGCCCUCUGCAGGACACAUGAAAAGAGCGCAGAGCUGGUCAGAGAUCGGGAAGUGCUUUUCAACCAGGCGGCUCAGAUUCAUGUGCUGGUGACGUUCAAGGAGCUGUUGCUGAAGUGUGACCUCAGUACUGCACUGGAGUACCUGACCAAGGCAGCUGAGGCGUGUGCAGAGCAGAGUCUGAAGCAGCUGGUGAAGAGGCUGCAGAUCAUCCUCUUCCUCAGUCAAAAGAACCAGGAGUCCAACCUCAAAGUGCUGGAGCUGCAGCAGCUGCUGCCUGCACGGCUGCACAGCAGAAAAGGACAGAACGUUGCAGAGAAAAUUCUUGUCUUAAUAUCAGUCGACUCUGACGACACCAGAUCUAUAAUCAUCAACAGCUUGAGCAAAGUGACUGGUGCUGCUGUAACUGCAGUUUGUCCUGAGGAGGGCAAGAAAACACUUAAUGGUGCCAGUUUGAUCAGCAGCAGCAUGCGCGACAGUGUGUGUGUGGUGGUGUGUGAGCAGCACGUGGGCCCCGACUUCCCCUGGAGCUGUUUCUCUCUGGUGAUUGAGUAUGACCAUCCAGGUCAGUCACCAUGGGCCGCAGUCUGCAGAGAGAGGAGCAUCAGUCACCUCACCUUCAACACAAUAAUCUGCGACACUGAGACGGAAGAAACCUCGUGGUUGCUGGAGGAAAAUGUGCCAUGUGUGUUGUUUGUCACAGAGGGGCUUCUCAACUGUCCACUACUGCUACAGACACUCGAGUCAGGGUUUAAAAUAACUGUGCUGGAGAGGACCUACUGUCCGUCCUUGCAGAUGCUCGGAGGGACCCAUCGCUACGCUGUGAUCACAGUGGAUGAAAGCACCGCUAUCGUCAUUCAGGAGGAGGGUGAACUGUGUCAGGAGCGAGCCAGUGAGAGAGUAGUGAUGAGGCUUACUGCUCUCUCUCUGCAAUACAGCUGCUGUUGGCUCAUCCUGCACUGCCCAGACAGGCAGGGAGGAGGAUUUUCCAGCGAAGCCUUCAGCAAUUUGGUGUUGGUUUAUUCGUCUCUGGUGCUGUUCGGCAUGAAGUCAGAGGAUCUAGACGUCAAGGUGCUGAUUGUGUCCGAGGUGAUGGAAAUAGCCAAAUGGAUCAGCAAGAUCUGCUUCCACCGCCUGACGGCCAGUGACAGGGACCCUCUCAGCUGGCUGGACAGAGACUGGCUGACUGUGAUUCCCUCGGAGGAGGAAAAGUGUCUAUUACAGUUCCCAUGUAUUAACCCUCUGGUUGGUCAGCUAUUGCUGAGGAGAGCACCAUCCUUCCAGUGGCUCCUGGGGGCCUCUCUGUCUCAGUUGAAGGAGCUGAUCCCUGAGGUGCCACAUAAAGUCCUCAAGCUGUUCAGUGACACCACCUCCCUGUACACACUGACCACAGAGCCGAACCAGCCGGAGUCUCAGACACUUAUCACUGACACAAACCAACAAACCAGUCCACCAAACAGCACCUGGACCACCGCUGCUGCCCCGGAGCACAUGAACUCUGACCCACAACCAGAACCCCCCAUCAACCCUCAUCCAGAACUUUUCUGUAGUGACGACACCAGCUUCCUGCUCGGAGCUGAUCGCAGCUUCGGUGAACCAGACCCAGACUCGAUGGUGCAGGAUGGCAACACAGAUUUCAGACUCGACCUGAGUUCUUCCUUUGGCAGCCCAGAUGUUCACCUCACGAGAAGCUGGACCAGCGGUGAUCCAUGGAAAGAGGAAGACAGAGGCAGAAAGGAGGUGAUGUUUUCUGGCCGCAGAGGCAGAGCUGGAGCAGCGGGGAGAGUUGUUGAAAGAGCAAAAGAUGUGUGGACACAGAGGGCUCCAGCAAAGCUCGACAGUCCUUUCAAGCUGGACUCCAUGUUCGGUUUCAGCCCCAUCCACCAGCAGCCAGCCAGCAGUCAAAUGUCCACGUUCUCCUCGGUCUACAGUGACCGCCAACAUCCAGACUGCCACCGCAUUUCCUAUAGUCUGAGCCCUCCUGCAGAGGUCCUGCUGUGGGGUCGAGGACAAACCAGCAACGAAUGCCUCACCAGUAGAGGAGAGACGGCGUCGCUUUCAGCUAAGUAUGGCCCCAAAUGCUGGAUGGGACAAGAGAGGAAGAGGACGGGCAAGGCUGCAGGUUUGGUUGGAACAGUGUUGACACCACUGAAGAAGGGGAGGUUGAGCUAUGAGAGGGUGCCCGGCAGAAGUGAUGGACAGACUAGGCUUAAAUUAUUUUAGGCAUGAGUGCUCUGUUGCUGUGUACUGUAAAAAGAGAAAAGAGCAGUACAUCCUUAAAGUUUUGUUACAUUCAAGGUAUUAAUUGCAUGAUUUAGGUUUAGCUUCCGAGUUUUUAUUCAGAUGAAAUAACGUUUUCCCCUGCAAAUAGUUUUCAUUGCAAGCUAAGUUUCUACAUUUCAGUUGUAUAUUUUAUAUUUAACAAGCAACAGUGCUUUUAUGCAUUCCGGGUUUUUUUUCUUUUAAAAUCAGCUGGACCAUUAAUUAUAUGGCGGUAAGGUGCAGUAGUUGCUGACAAAAUAAUUAAAAUGAAUAAUUUUCAGUCAAAUAGUCUAAUGUAAAAUACUGAUAUAUUAAAAUACUUUGUUUUAUAAAUAUUAUAUUGUUAUAGUAUUUACUUAUUAUUACAUGUUUUAAUACUUAUAAGGCCAUAUUUCACAGCACAAAUGGUACUUCUUUGUGCUUUAUUAGAUCAAAACUUUCUACUAAACUACUAUUUUAGUGUCCUGCACCCUAUAACUCCUCUUGGUGUAUAAACAGAUACAGAACGACAAUAUAAAAGUAAUUUUAUAAAAUUUGUCUUCAUGGGACAAGUUGUAAAAUGUUAUGCCUUACAGCUGUAUUAUAAUGUGUUAUAAACUGUUUAUUAUAUGUUUAUAUACUGUUUCUAAGGCCUAAAUUAGGGGGGUGUUAACAUUUCGUUUUUACAAAAUAAGAUUAAACAAAGAUUACAACUGUG